AUGUCGUUGCGACGCCUUGCCUCGACCGUUGCUCGUGCCUCGUUGCCUCGGCCGACCCCGACCCCGACCCCGACCGCGUCGAUCAGCCGUCUCGCUGGCAACCACGCCCACCGACAGCCCGACGCACGCCACUUGAGCUCGACCGCGUCUCGCUCGCUCGCCACCGUCUCGGACCUGUCCCUGGGCAAAGACCUUGCCAUCGAAUCAGACCAGACGGUCCAUGUCGCCCCUUCGUCGGACAUGCUCGGCUUCGAGAUGACGGCCUCGCCCUCGCAAUCGACGCACGCCGUCGAGGGCCAACCGGUCAACGUCGGCCGGCCGAUUUACCUCGAUGCCCAAGCGACCACACCGACCGAUCCGCGCGUGCUCGACGCCAUGUUGCCCUACAUGACCAACCAGUACGGCAACCCGCAUUCCAAGACCCAUGCCUAUGGCUGGGAGACGGAGAAGGCGGUCGAACAGGGCCGAGAGGUGCGUUGAUCUGAUCAUACCAAGCUGCGGUGGCACCCGACAGAGUUCGCAGUCAGAGGAGCUGACCCAGGUGUCUACAUUACAAUCGCUAGUACGUCGCCGAUUUGAUCGGAGCUAACGCCAAGGACAUCAUCUUCACCUCGGGAGCGACCGAGUCCAACAACAUGUCCAUCAAAGGCGUCGCGCGCUUCUACAAGGGCAAGAAGAAGCACAUGUCAGUAUACCCGUGUUCAUACCGCCGCGUGCUCAUCAGCAUAGAACUGAUCCCAGUAGCAUCACCCCUACCCAAAAGCAUCACGACUCAGACCGAACACAAGUGUGUGCUCGACUCGUGCCGAGUGCUGCAGGACGAGGGCUUCGACGUCACCUACUUGCCCGUACAGGCCGACGGUAUCGUUGAUCUCAAGUUGCUCGAAGAGUCGAUCAGGCCCGACACUGUUCUCGUCUCUGUGAGUGUUACUUCCGCGGCGACUGUUCCGUCCGAUCUCUCGAGGCACCGGGUCGCGGCCGACGGUCCCUUCGCAAUCGGCGGAGCUGGCAGCUGACCUCAUCAAUUCGUACUGCUGCAGGUUAUGAUGGUCAACAACGAGAUCGGUACCAUUCAGCCCAUCAAGGAAAUCGGUGCCAUCGUCAAGAAGCACAAGGGUGUAUUCUUCCACACCGAUGCGGCCCAAGCCGUCGGCAAGAGUCAGUUCUUCUAGUUUCAGACACGACAGCCGGGCCACCGCUGACACCGAGCUGCUUCAUCUCCCAAAGUCCCCAUCAAUGUCGAUGAGAUGGGCAUUGAUCUCAUGUCCAUUUCGGGCCACAAGAUUUACGGCCCCAAGGGUAUCGGAGCAUGCUACGUGCGCCGCAAGCCCCGAGUCCGGCUCGAGCCCAUCAUUUCGGGCGGUGGACAAGAACGAGGACUGCGAUCGGGGACGGUCGCUGCUCCCGCCGUCGUCGGCUUUGGUGAAGCAUGCCGCUUGGCCAAGAAGGAAAUGGCGUUUGAUGACGCCCACGUGCGACGACUGUCGCAACGUCUUUACGAGGGCAUCACGUCAAAGUGCGAGUUGAUCGUUCGUAACGGUGACCCGAACGGGUACCCCGGGUGCCUGAACUUGUCCUUCUCUUACAUCGAGGGCGAAUCGAUGUUGAUGGCCAUGAAGGAUAUUGCUUUGAGUUCCGGAUCGGCGUGCACGUCCGCUUCGUUGGAACCUUCGUAUGUCUUGAGAGCGUUGGGUACGGAGGAGGAUAUGGCCCACUCGUCGAUCAGGUUCGGGAUCGGGCGCUUCACGACCGAGGAAGAGAUUGAUUUUGUCACCAACAAGAUUGUUGCGAUCGUUGAACGUGAGUCGUCAUGUGCUUGGUCUGAAGGAUUUGCCCUCGAAUAUAUGCUCACUCUGGGGCUCUUGGUGAAUACAGGACUACGAGACCUGUCCCCGCUUUGGGAGAUGUUCCAGGAAGGCAUCGACAUCAAGUCGAUCAAUUGGUAA